CUGAUUACCGUACGCCUGCCUGCCACUCUCCCUCUGCAACAGCUGAUUACGCUCAGCAUCUUCUCUUAAGUGGAGUGUUACAUUCAGACCUAUGACCAAGGCUCUCUUUCUCUCUUUUGAUUCAAAGAAACAAACAGAAGAGGAAGAUAGAAACAAAAACAACAAGUGUGAGAGUGUGGCGCGCUUUUUCAAAAACUACCUACAAACUAAAAGUAAAAAAAGGCUGACAACAACAAGUGCGAAAAAACCAACAAAAUCAACAAAAGCAAAGUGUAGCUAAACCAUUAGUUGACCCAUUGCCUCUGCAUCACGAUUAUUGAACGACUGAGACGCCAUCAUGAUCGACCUGGAGGACCUACCCCGACUACAGUCCCUCUCCCCAGCGAGGGACAUCGAUGAUUACUAUCCGCAGACCCUGCUGGAGCCCAUCCUCAUGGAUCCCAAUCCCAAGAAGAAGGUCACCGUCCGAGUGCCCAUCGGACCGCCUUCGAAGAUGGCAAAAUUGAUUAAACCCACGGUGGCCUCUACGCCCUCUACUCCCUCACUGGAGACCCCGCCCACACCUGUGGUACAGUCCACCCGGAACCUCACCUGGCGAGGGGAAUUCCAAUUCACGACUCUGGAGAGUGAAAUCGCCGAGGUGCUGUACAAACAAGAUGUGGACUUGGGCUUCAGUCUCGAUCAGGAGCAGAUCAUCAAUGCCUCCUACGCGAGUGGCAAUAGUGCGGCCUCUCAGGCCAAGGCCAAGGCGGAGGCCGAGUCGAAACCGGCGGAUCCCUCGAUGUCGGACUCUGCCUUCAAGGACAGCGACGACACCGAUGAGAUGAAAGCCACUGGCGCCGCCUCUGUGGACGAUAUUGAGAAGCUGAAAGCUUUGGAAGAGCUUCAGGAAGAUAAGGACAAGGCCGAGGAGAAUCCCCUGGAAGAGAUAACCAAUGAAUGGAACGGUAUUCCCUUUACCAUCGAUAAUGAAACUGGUGAAUACAUUCGCUUGCCCCUGGAUGAGCUGUUGAACGACGUGCUCAAGCUCUCUGAAUUCCCCCUCGAAGACGAGUUAACCAACGAUCCGGCUGCUUCGACAUCGCAGGCUGCUGCCGCUUUGAACGAGAAUCAAUCGCAAAGGAUCACCUCCGAGACGGGUGAGGAUCUGCUGACUGCCGAAGGAGUUGCUGUCCAGCAGCGAAAGAUCAAUACAGACGGCAGGAGCACCCGCACCGACAGCGGCCAGAUCGAUUUCAACGAUUCAAGCGACAAUUUCCCCCUGUGCGACUUUGACGAUCUGCAGAGCUCCGUGGGCUCGCCCCUCUUCGACUUAGAUGACGACGCCAAGAAGGAGCUAGACGAGAUGUUGCAAUCCAAGGCACCGCCCUACCCCCAUCCCCAUGCCCAUGACCAUCCCCACGCCCACGGCCACCCCUACGCGCAUCCGCACAGCCACCACCAUGCCGCUGCAGCCGCCGCGCAUCACCACCACGCCCAUGCCCACCAUGCCGCAGCCGCAGCUGCCGCCCACCAGCGGGCCGUGCAGCACGCCAACGCCAACUAUGGCGGCGUGGGCAGCGCUCCGGGCAGCGCCUUCCAGCGCCAGCCAUCAGCUGCCGGUGGAUUCCAUCAUGGCCAUCAUCAGAGCCGCAUGCCGCGCCUGAACCACAGCGUGUCGAUGGAGCGUCUUCAGGACUUUGCCACUUACUUCAGUCCCAUACCCAGCAUGGUGGGCGGGGUCUCGGACAUGCCGCCCUACCCCCAUCAUCCGCACUAUCCCGGUUACUCGUACCAGAGCAGUCCUUCGAACGGCGCCGCCGGCGGUGGUCCCAUCCCUCCAGUGCCCGGACAGCACGGCCAGUACGGCUCCCCGGCCACUGCGGCGCUGCAGCCUCCACCACCACCGCCGCCUCCACACCAUGCGGCCAUGUUGCACCACCCGAAUGCGGCGCUGGGCGACCUCUGCUCCGCCACCGCCGCCAGCGGACAGCCACACUACGGGCACAACCUCGGAUCGGCCGUCACCUCCAGCAUGCACCUGACCAACUCCAGCCACGAGGCGGAGGGAGCCGCUGCCGCAGCGGCCGCCGCCGGUAAUGCCUACAAGAUGGAGCACGACCUGAUGUACUACGCGAACACUUCCUCGGACAUGAAUCAAACGGAUGGCUUCAUGAACUCGAUUUUCACCGAUGAGGAUCUGCAAAUGAUGGACAUGAAUGAGAGCUUCUGUCGCAUGGUGGACAACAGCACCAGCAACAACUCCUCGGUCCUGGGCCUGCCCGGCAGCGGACAUGUCAGCCACGCGGCCGGCUCCGCACAGCUGGUUCCUGGGAAUCACGGCACUGCUAAUGGCGGAUCAUCCGUUGGCGGCGGUGUGGCAUCUAUGAGCGGUGGAGCUUCGUCGGUUGGCGCUGCGGGUGGCAUGACCGCCGAUAUCCUGGCCAGUGGCGGAGGUGCAGCACAGGGCGGAACGGAUCGAUUGGACGCCAGCAGUGACAGUGCCGUCAGCUCGAUGGGCUCCGAGCGGGUGCCGUCCCUCUCCGAUGGGGAAUGGGGCGAGGGCAGCGACUCGGCCCAGGACUACCACCAGGGCAAGUACGGCGGCCCCUACGACUUUAGUUACAACCACUCGCGCAUCAGCACGGCCACCCGCCAGCCGCCGGUGGCCCAGAAGAAGCACCAGCUCUACGGCAAACGCGAUCCCCAUAAGCAGGUGCCCAGCGCCCUGCCGCCCACAGCGCCUCCGGCCACGGCCCACGCGCAGGCGCAGGCACAGAGUAUCAAAUACGAGUACGAUGCCGGAUACGCGGGCAUGGCCAGCGGAGGAGUCGCCGGACUGCAGCACAGCGAGCCGGGCGCCAUGGGGCCGGCCCUCUCCAAGGAGUACCAUCAACAAGCCUACGGCAUGGGCGCUAGCAGCAACUUUCCCGGCGACUACGGGGUUCGUCCGCCGCCUCGCACCUCCGAGGACCUGGUGCAGCUGAAUCACACGUACUCGCUGCCCCAGGGCAGUGGCUCGCUCCCCAGACCCCAGGCGCGCGACAAGAAGCCACUGGUGGCCACCAAGAGCGCAUCGAAGGCGGCUGCCGGCAGCUCUGCUGCCGCCACCGCGGAGGACGAGCAUCUGACGCGCGACGAGAAGCGCGCCCGCUCCCUGAACAUACCCAUAUCGGUGCAGGACAUCAUCAAUCUGCCGAUGGACGAGUUCAACGAGCGCCUAUCCAAGUACGACUUGAGCGAGAACCAGCUGUCCCUCAUCCGGGACAUUCGUCGCCGUGGCAAGAACAAGGUGGCCGCCCAGAACUGCCGCAAACGCAAGCUGGAUCAGAUCCUCUCCCUGGAGGAUGAGGUGAAUGCGGUCGUCAAGCGCAAGACGGAGCUCAGCCAGGCCCGCGCCCACCUGGAGUCCGAGCGCAAGCGCAUCUCCAAUAAGUUUGCAAUGCUCCAUCGCCACGUGUUCCAGUACCUGCGCGAUCCUGAUGGCAAUCCCUGCUCGCCGACCGACUACAGUCUGCAGCAGGCGGCCGAUGGUUCGGUGUAUUUGCUGCCACGCGACAAGUCCGAGGGCAACAGCACGGCCACGAACGCCUCGAACGCAGUGUCCAGCGCUGGAACGAGUAACCUGAACGGGCAUGGCCCGGUGGCGCCUCCCAUGCACGGAGGCCACCACAGCCAGCACCAUCAGCCGCAGCAUGUGGACACCGCAAUGUCCCAGCACGUGGCCAGGAUGCCGCCGCAUCUGCAGCAACAGCAGCAGCAGCAGUCGUCGCAGCAUCACCAUCAGCAGCAGCCAGGAGGAGGAGGCGGAUCGCAACAGCAACAGCACCACAAGGAAUGAAAAUACCUGUUGCGAAUUGCCGCAACAACG